GCGGAAUCAACCGCCAGCAAGCUACCAGAUCGAUCCAAUGACGGAAAUCCAUGGCCUCAUCACUGAAGGGCGACUGCUCACUUUUUUCGCCCUUUUAUUCCGCAAAGCAAAUAUCAUUAUUAUGCAUUCGCAUCGCUCUAUCUCCCUCCCCUCUCCAAAUUGAUCCAAGUUUAGCUGAGCUGCGUUUCUUUGGAUUCAGAGACCAUGAGAAAACCCGUCGGAGGCAACGAAGCUUCUGCUAUUGAACCUUCACCAUCAGGUUUUGUAAUCAACCCUUAUACAUAUAGCCAGUUGAGUUUAGAAGAGAGAAGGGAAUUACUUUAUGGGAUUUAUCAAUGGUCGGAUGAUGCACCAAAGGUCCUAAGUUCAUUAGGCAGGAGACAACUGCUUGAAAUAAUAUGUGCUGAAAUGGGCAAGGAGAGGAAGUACCCUGGCUUCACCAAAGCAAGAAUGAUAGAGCAUCUCUUGAAGCUGUUUUCUUGUAGACGAACGAUAAAUACCAAAAAAAAUCUAACCCCAGAUGAUCAUCCGUGUGAAGAGGAGAUGAAAGACAAGCCGGAAGCCUUUCUCUGUCAGAACUCAGCAUGCAGGGCUGUAGUGAAUGAUGCAGAUGUCUUCUGCAGAAGAUGUUCUUGCUGCAUUUGUCAUAGGUACGAUGACAACAAAGAUCCCAGUCUGUGGCUGGUCUGUUGUUCUUCUGAUUGUCCAGAAGAACCAGGUUAUUGCGGGUUGUCGUGCCACCUCAGAUGCUCUCUUUCACAUGAAAGAUCUGGCAUUUUGCUGCAUGGUCCUUGUCUAAGACUGGAUGGACAGUUCUACUGUGUUUCUUGUGGAAAAACUAACGACUUGAUGGGGACAUUGAGAAAGCAGCUGGUGAGAGCAAAGGAAGCGAGGAGAGUUGACAACUUGUGCCUAAGAAUCUCUCUUAGCCACAAGAUCCUGCAGCACACUGAAAAACACAAGGGGCUACUCCAAAUUGUUGAAUCUGCAGUUGAUGCACUCGAGGAUGAAGUGGGUCCCCUCGAACGUGCAUCGGAGAAGAUGGAUCGCAGCAUUGUCAAUAGACUCUCUUGUGGAUCCAUUGUUCAACAGUUGUGUGCCUCUGCGAUAGAAGCUUUUGAUGCUUCCUUGUUGCAACCACCACAAAGUUUUCACCAAAUGAAAACCCCUCACAGAGAACUGGGAGAGGGAGACAAUGUCGCAGAGUCUAUGAACUCAAGUGACAACAAAACAGAGAGCCCAUCAAAGCAGAAAUGCUCGGCAAAGAAGCGCCGUGUUGUUCCAGCUCCAGCCUCACCUCGUCCAGUGGUCAACAAGAGGCAAGAAGAAGAAGGGAAAGAGGUGGCAAAGGGGUACGAGUACUCAGUUGGGGUGAUAAAAAAGUUGGAAAGCGAAGGCCACAUUGAGACGGACUUCAGGGUGAAGUUCCUCACUUGGUUCAGCCUGAAAGCCACGGCGCAAGAGAGGAUGGUGGUGGGCAUCUUCAUAGACACCUUCAUUGAUGACCUCUCAAGCUUGGCUGGCCAGCUGAUGCAUACCUUCAUGGAUAAGCUGUGUGGUGGUGGUGGUAAAGAAGAAAAGGAAGAAGAAGAAGAAGAAGGAGAGAAUGGGCACACCCUCUGCACUACACUCUGGCAUUGAACCAGCUGCCCACACAUUCGCCGUCUUGCCAUUUUUGGUUUGUUGUGAAUUCCCUCUGAAACAACCAUUUAUGAUGAGAUCGCUUUAUGUGUAUAUAUAUCGUGGAUUCGUGUUCUCACAUAAGUUAAUUAAUACUCUGUAAUUUAAAAAAAAUGCAUGUUUGAAUACGGAGUACUAAUUUAUGUGAGAAGGCUCGUAUUUUUUAAUACUAGAAUAAGUUUUAGGUUUAUAUGAUAAUUUGCCUUAUAAUGAUAAAAACCCAUCUGCCUAAAUCUAAAGUUCUUUGCAGAAACCCUAAAACCCUAGUGUGGGAGGUGGUGAGUAUACUCUUCCAGGAAUUUGCCGCUUUCAUCUUAGAAACACAACUUGAUGAGGAGACAACCAUCUCCACGAGUCUAUACCUGUGAAGAACAUCCAAAAAAGAUGGAGAAAUGCUUGAGCUUAAAGAUUUCGAUGGUGAUGGAGAGUCUCGACAACCCAUUGCCAUGCUUCAUUUGCUGAUGCGGCCUAACUAUUUCCCAGCUUAACAUCCACAUAAGACAUCAACCCCUCGAAGAACGACAUGAAUCCG